UAACCUAAAACCGCAAUUUACGUUGAUCGCACGUUCCAAACUUUAAGGGAUUCCUAGAAAAUUUUUAAAAAAAGUAUAAGAGUAUGCAGUAACAAACCCUCAUCCCCUCUCUCUCUAUUCUCUCCCUCUCUAGAUUUGGGUUGCUUUGAAGCGUUUUUAAAGUUUUGAUUCUAUAGUAUAAGAAAGAAUGGAUGAGCUUAUUUUGAAAAGUUUUAAUGGUGGUGGCGAUAAUAAGCAUUAUUUAUCUAUCAUGUCUCCCCAAGACAUGUCUCCCAAGGAAGGCUUCGAAUUUUUCUUUUAUGAUUAUAGAGCACUAGAUUUUGGUGGUAAUACUUGUCGCGGGUUGUUGUAUUUCAAUUGUGAUGACCAAAUUGUUCUCUGCAACUUAACAACUAAAGAAUUGAAAUUUGUUGCUCCGCCCAAGAAACCCAUUCCAUCUCACACCACGUUGGAUGGUUGUGGUUUCGGAUACGAUCCUAAAUCUGGCGACUACAAGUUGAUACGAAACUAUGAUAGAUGCUCUUGCUGCAAUGGAGAAGAUUACGAGGAAUGUUUUGAUCAACAUCCUCGCGAGAAAAAAACUGAGUUGUAUUCGUUUAAAAGUGGUUCUUGGAAGGAGAUUCCAGCUCCUGAUGCUUACAUUGGCCCCUGUUAUUGUGUGUAUGUUGAGGGGAGUUGUUAUUGGCGAGCACAACUUGGUUCGGCUUUUGGUGGUCCAUCAUGUGAAGCCCCAAUAUGGUUUGAUGUUCUCUCAUUUGACUUUACUGAUGAAAUUUUCUCUUGCAUCCCUUCACCGGUUAGUGAGAUUCAUUUUAUAUAUGUUCUUGUUGAGUGUCGAGGGUUUUUGGGUGCUGUUGUCUAUGAAAAUCCCUCUGGAGAUUCCAAGUGUGGAGUCAACUCUUUUGAGCUUAGGAUAUGGAAAGAAAGGUCGUGGGCCAAAUCAUAUGUCGUUGCGGUUUAUGGUAUUGAAAAACCGUUGGGAUUGAUAGAUGGUCGUUUUCUCUUUCUUAAAAGAAAAGGAGUAGAUCAGUUACUAGUUUAUGAUUAUAUUACGAAAGAGAUGAAGAAACCAGAUAUUGAUGCUCAUGCACAAAAUGUGAGUGUUGUUUCUUAUGUUGAGAACAGAGUUGUGCUAGUUUAUGAUCUGGUCACAGAAGAAAAAACGACGAAGGUUCUUUCUUAUGUUGAGAAUGGUGCUAUGCUGCCGAAUCAUGCAAAAAUGUAAGUGGUUUA